AUUGUUCAGGAGUACGAGCGAGCCGUCAUCUUUAGACUGGGACGCAUCACAGACAGGAAGGCCAAAGGACCGGGAAUCUUUUUUAUUUUGCCUUGCACCGAUUCUAUUGUGAAAGUGGAUCUGAGAACCGUUUCAUUUGACAUUCCUCCACAAGAGAUCCUGACGAAGGACUCAGUUACUGUUUGCGUAGAUGGCGUGGUGUACUUCCGGGUCAGUGAUCCCAUCGCCUCUGUUGCCAACGUGACUAAUGCUGACUUUUCCACUCGAUUGCUGGCUCAGACCACCCUCAGAAACGUUUUGGGUACUAAGAACCUGGCUGAGGUCUUGUCUGAUCGAGAGGGCAUUUCUCAAAGCAUGCAGUUCAACCUGGAUGAGGCUACAGACAAUUGGGGCAUCAAGGUGGAGCGUGUGGAGAUAAAAGAUGUGAAGCUACCCGUUCAGCUGCAAAGAGCAAUGGCUGCCGAAGCAGAGGCAGCACGAGAGGCCAGGGCUAAGGUGAUUGCAGCAGAAGGGGAGAUGAAUGCAUCUCGUGCUCUAAAGGAAGCAUCCCUUGUGAUUGCAGAGUCCCCAUCGGCUCUGCAGCUUCGCUACCUGCAGACCCUCAACACCAUUGCAGCCGAGAAGAACUCCACCAUCAUCUUUCCGCUGCCCAUGGACGUCAUAUCUCACUUCAUCAAAAAAUGA